AUGAGUUUGAAGCCUGGAAUGGAUGCGCCAUUCAAGACGCUAAACUCCCCGUCCACGUCGCCCUCCACCUUCUCGUCCAUCUACCUAAUGCUCCCACUCCACAAUACUCGCGAUGAAGAGUCCAAAUCUCUCGGACGACGCUGGCUAGGACGCCCGCUUGCCCGAUGGGCCGCUUUGGGGGUGUGUCUCGUUCUUGGAUUCUGGUUCUUGACGCCCCUGGUCUUCGAGUGGCACGACGAUAUUCGUUUUACGCCACGGUUCACUCUUCUGCCGCUCCAGGAUGUGUUCGGGGUGAAGGCGCAGCCGGGACUCGUCAUGGGCACGAUGCCGCCCAAGCUCGACGACUCGCGGCUGUGGAAUCAGCGCGCAGCGAAGGUCCGGGACGCGUAUAAACAUGGGUACAAUCACUAUCUCAAGUACGCAGCAGGCCACGACGAGCUCCUCCCUCUCAGCAAUGGCUGGCAAGACAAGGGAGUCUCCAUGAUCGACUCGAUGGACACGAUGUGGAUCAUGGGCCUCCGCGCCGAGUUCGACGACGCUGUGCGUGUCGUCGCCCAGCAGAACUUCACCCAGAUUACCGGCUUCUACGCGCCUUUCUUUGAGACCGUCAUCCGCUACCUCGGCGGCCUUCUCUCCGCAUAUGCACUGUCUGGGGAGACGAUCCUCCUCGCGCGCGCAGACGACCUCGGCGCACGCCUGCUCCCGGCCUUCAAUUCCCCGUCGGGCCUUCCCCGCUUCGGUGUCAAUCCCGCUACAGGCGACACGUCUCUUGGCUGGACAGGCGGGCCCGUGCUGUUCGCUGAAGCCGCGAGCUGCCAGGUCGAGUACAAGUACCUCGCACAUCUCACAGGACGAGCAGAGUAUUUCGAGCGGGUGGAGAACGUGAUGGACAAGAUUUACGCAGCUAAUGUUACUGACGGGCUCUUUGCCACACAAUGGGAUCCGGCAGAUGCUAUGCCUCUUGAUACCCAUUUCUCCGUCGGCGCGUCGGUUGACAGCGGGUACGAGUACCUCCUCAAGCAAUACCUCCUGAGCAGCAAGUCCGAAACGCGCGCCAAAUCACAAUACCUCGCGUCCAUGGACGGCAUCAUCAACCACCUCCUCUACCUCUCCCCGACGCGCAAGCUGCUCUACGUCACCGACACCUCCUACGGCACGCCCACGCACAACCUCGAGCACCUCGCGUGCUUCCUCCCGGGCCUCCUCGCGCUCGGCGCGCACACGCUCCCCGCUGCCGACCUGAGUCCGCACGAUAGGGAAAGGCAUAUGUGGGCUGCGCGGGGGCUGGCGUAUACGUGUUAUGUGACGUACGCGGACCAGAGGACGGGGCUGGGGCCAGACGGCGUGCAGUUUGAUGAGGGGGGCACGAGGUGGGUGGAGGCGCUGGGGGAGGACUAUCAGGACUCGUCGAGCGUGUAUAUUCUGCGGCCCGAGACGGUGGAGUCGUUCUUCGUGCUAUGGAAGACGACCGGGGACGUGAAGUGGCGGGAGCGCGGGUGGGCGGUCUUCCAGGCGCUGGAGAAGCAUGCGCGUGUGCAGAACGGGUACGCGAGCGUGCACGACGUUGACGAGGUCCCGGCAGUGCCCAACGACGAUAUGCCGAGCUAUUUCCUAGCGGAAACGCUCAAAUACUUGUACCUCUUGUUCGCAGAAGCGGAUAUCGUGCCCCUGGACAAGUGGGUGUUCAAUACCGAGGCCCAUCCACUGCCGGUCUUUACGUGGUCCCAGUGGGAGCGGAAGGCAUACAAUAUAAGAACAUAA